UUUCUUUGGUUCUUUUCAGCCCGUGCUUGAUUGUGGGUGAAGGUGCUUUUGGAGGAAGAUGGCGGUCGUCGAGGAGGACGGCAGGACCAACUUGAUCGUGAAUUACUUGCCGCAAUCCUUGAGCGAUGACGAGUUCACGGCCUUGUUCGCCCAGGUGGGCCCGUUGGUCAACGAGAAGGUGGUCCGGGACCGGAGUACGGGCUACUCGUACGGCUACGGGUUCGUGGAAUACCAGAGCGCCGAGGACGCGGCCAAGGCCAUCCAGCAGUUGAACGGCUUUCCCAUUCAACACAAGAACAUCAAGGUCAGCUAUUCUCGGCCGGCCGGCGAGCGCAACAAGGACACCAACUUGUACGUGGCCAACUUGGGCCCCCAGGUCACGGAGGACCAGCUGGACGCCAUGUUCAGUCCCUACGGACACAUCGUGACGCUGACCAUUCUGCGCAACAUGGACACGCAGACCUCCAAGGGCACGGGCUUCGUCCGGUACAACGACAAGGAGGAGGCGCAGGCCGCCAUGGCCACGCUCAAUGGAUCUCAGACCCUGCCCGGGGCCCACGGGCCCUUGGUGGUCAAGUUGGCCGAGGAUCACGGCAAGCAAAAGUCGGCCUACUUUGCCCAGAAUGCCAUGGGCGGGGGCGGGGGGAUGGGCGGCGGUUAUGGCGGCGGCGGUGGUCCGGGUGGCGGUCCCGGCGGGUCGGAGGCCACCACUCGCCUGUAUGUGGGUAAUUUGGGUCAGCACAUGACCGAGGACUACUUGAUGAGCAUGUUUUCCACCUACGGGACCGUGACCAACAUCAAGUUGUUGGGCGAGCGCGGGAUCGCCUUCAUUGACUUCCAGACGCAGGCCGAGACCGAUGCCGCCAUGGCCAAUCUGAAUCAGGCCGAGACCAUCGAAGGCGAGCGCUAUCCCAUCAAGGUCAGCUACGCCCGGAAUAACAACAACAGCCAGCGGGGUCGGGGCGGCUUUGGGGGUGGCAGCGGCGGUCGGGGCGGAUUUGGCGGAGGGGGCGGCGGCGGCGGAUAUGGGGGCCGCGGAGGUGGCGGGGGCGGAUAUGGCGGCUAUGAUGAUGGCGGGGCCGGUGGUUAUGCGCCCUACCAGGAUCAAGGGUAUGUGGACUACUCUCAAAACCAGUUCCGUGGACCAAGACCGCGCGGCAAUCCCCACCGAUUCAAUCCCAUGAAUCGCGGCAUGGGCGGCAUGGGCGGCAUGCGCGAUAGUGGGCGAGGCGGGGGCGGACGGGGCAUGCCCCUGCAGCCCUCUCACUACCCACCCCAAUAUUGAUUGAAUGUUGUCAUUAUUGAGUAUCCGAAUGAGAAUGGAAUUUCUAUGGCAAUUCCAAGGUGCGCAUCGUCCUUACUAUGUAUCGCUUCCUAUUUCAGAA